AUGUCGAAACGAGGACAAUCAUCGUCAAUGUCUUAUAAAGACAAGGCAAAUCUUCAUUUCGUCGAGCAAGAAGAGCCGGCGUUCAUCAAGGCGAUGAAAUCGAAAAUGGGAUAUAAGGAACCGGCGAAAUUGGAGGAUAAAUUCGACGAGGAGGCGGGACCAGCGGAUUUCGACGACGACGAGACAGAUUUGAUGCGAAUGAAGGAAGAAGAUCGGCCUCAGGUGAUCGUUUUGAAUGAGGAGACCGAUUUGACGAAGGAGGAAAUGGUCAAGGAGUUGGACGCGAAGAAAAAGGUGGAGGAGGACAAACUCAUCGCCGAGGGAAAGAUCACCUUCAAAAAGCCGGUGAAACGAACGACGGAUGGCGAUUCCGUUGAUGAAGAGGCUGAAAAGAAGAAAAAGAAGAGCACACCGACGCCGACUGUCAAAAAAGGACUGCUAUCGUUUGGAGAUGAUGAUGAGGAGGAGGACGAUUGCUGA